AUGAUCGGUACGCACGUCAGUGGAGAUGAGCGCCUGUUCAACAGAGCUUUGGAGGACAAGGAGCUUACCUCUUUCAAGGAUGAGGCGUCCGGCAUUGAGUACUACAGCUUCCGUAAGCUUCAGGCUGUGGAUUUGCAUGCGUCAGAGCAGGGGGAGCAUGUGCGUGGCUACAAGAAGCUUGGGAAGGAUCAAGCUUACACCUUGGGUGCCCUCAUGACGAAGAUGAAGUGGGACUUCAAAAUGAUCAAGGCUGAAGAAAAGAGUUUGGACAAGGACGGCGAGAUUCCCAAAGGGUUUGAAGCAUUGGCAUCUAAAGCGAAAGAUGCCGUGGAAAGACUCUUGAAGGAGGGAAAGAAAAUCGCCAACCAGAUUGGAGGCAAGGCCUUGAUCAAGAACGGGUCUACCAUGCUGACAGGCCAUCUCAACGACCUGAACCAUUGGUCUAUGUUCCAAGAACUGCCCAACAAAUCAAUGCCAUCCAAGACAACUUUGGAGUCCUUCGUGGGGAAGAUUGCAGUCGAUGUGGAUCGUUUCAAUGGAGAAAUAAACGUCGGCUUAAAGCUCGUAGGAACUGAAGCGUUACACUUAGCUCGGCUGCUUAGUGAUCACGCCUACGCCUCUAGCUCUUGGGAAAUUUUGAUGGGGGGUUAUUCUGUUUUGCUUAGCCUAUUUACCAAAAAGAACAUUAAACAACCUAUGGUUCGAAGCUGUUCUCCAUAUCUCAUGGCUCAGAUUGCGCCUCAUGGCUCAAAACCCCUGCCAAACAUACUGACUGAAGUUGAGGAGUUUGCAGCGUCGAGUGAUCCUUGA